AUGAGUCCAGAACACAGUACCAGUCUUUCGGGUGACAGUUUGACGCCCACCAACUCCCUCUCACCUUGGGACUACCCAGCAGACGAACCCUCCCUCUUCGCGCAGGAAGAUGGCCGCAAGCGCAUCAAGACCCGCACGCUGGCUCCCAAUCUGACGCGCCGCUCGCAUAAGAAGUCGCGGGCCGGAUGCUUCAGUUGCAAAGCCCGCAAGAUCAAGUGUGGCGAGCAGAAGCCCGACUGUGCGAGCUGCUUACUCAAAGGCAUCGCAUGUGUCUAUCCCACCGAGCCAGCUGCGCGCAAGUCCAAUCUGCCGUUGAUCAAGCGGAAUCCUCCUUCGACACCGUCCAUCGCGGGGGCGGCCUUUUCCAUGUUGGAUAUGCGCUUCUUUCAUCAUUUCCUGACCAUCGCGUAUCCUCACUUGCCCGUGGGUAAUGACCACGUGUGGGUUCACGAGAUACCGCAGUUCGCCGAACAGCACGAAUAUCUAAUGCACGCGAUCCUGUCGCUGGGGGCGUCUCAUCUCAGCCGGCUGACAGGCAUCGACUACCGCCGCGAGUCCCUCGUCCACCGUGGCCAGGCACUUGCAGGGCUCAACCAGGCUCUCAGUCAAGCGUCACUCUGUUACGGCGAGGCCGACGCCAUGCUGGCCUCGUGUUACGCCCUCACCUUCCAGGCAUCGUACAUGGGCGAUGGCCUGACCGACUUCAUCACCAUGGUCAGAGGCUGUGCCCUGACCACGGACAAGAUUCGACGAGAACUGUCUCCCACAGCGUUCAAUUUGCACCCGGACGGGCACCUGAAGUUCAUGGCGCCCAAGCUCGAACGGCUGCCACCCGUUGAUCCGACAUUGCUCGAAGACGCGUACUCGGCUCUCGAAGAAAUGAUUCCUUACCUCACUGACGAUGCUCACUUUGGCUUUCACGCCGGGCUGGUAGAUGUGGUAAGCGCGUUGCAGACCAGUUCAGCGUCAGGCUAUAUGCAAUUCACAGAACUAUAUACCAUAUGGUACGAGCUGUGUCAUGACUCGUUCAAGACAUUCCUCGACCCCAACAACCUCGUGGCGCAGCUUCUACUCUCUUAUUUUGUGGCAGUUCAACUGCUCAUCAUUCCACUCGCGGCGCACGAGUGGUUGCAUCGUGCCGAUGUGUCCAGGAUACGUGUCCUUUACGGCGUGACAGAAUGGGCCGAGAGCAUCUUUCAGCGCCUCGAGAAUUCCGAGUAUGCGCAGUUCCUCUCCUGGCCGCAGAGCAUAGUCUCUACGGUGGUCGCCGAAGUCAAUGGCGACAUUCUGCAAUUGCCCUCGGUGUUGCAAUUGCAUCUAACCAGCAGGGACAUCACACCAAACACGAUCCUGGCUCCGCCAUAG